UCGAGGUUUCUUACCAGGAUAGGUAACAAAGAUCCUCGGAACGGCGCCGUCUUGCUCUCUUCUUCUCGUUCGUCCGCCUCUCGGGCGGUGGAGUGUGCUGCUGGGAAUGUGCAGAGGCAAAUAAGUAGUCUUGAAUCUCUCUUUUGUUACGAUAAGCCUAUUCCCGAGCAAAUAAUUGAGAAACCUGUUGGUGCAUGUCUACCCGAGAAAGAUGUUGGGAAAAAUCCUCGAUGUCUUAGCUGUCAGACAAAAGGGGCAAUUCUUUGCGCCACUUGUUCAGGUUCAGGCUUAUACGUGGACUCCAUCUUGGAGAGCCAAGGGAUAACUGUGAAAGUUCGAUGUUUAGGUAAACCUCCUAACAGGAUUUCUAAUAAAGAAGUUGUGGAGGAACGGGGAAUACAAUGUGCUCGGAAUGUGGUGGCCGGGGACAUAUUUGAACUGGCUUCGUGGACAAGGUCGAAAGUCGUGAUCUCACGCACCGUGAAAUACCCAACCAAGAAAGCGUACACAGAAACUUCCGUCGCAAACCUCCCCGCCCAAACCCCACCAACCAAUCCACACACAGCCCCACUCGCAACCCCACACAGGAAGCAAAACGAGCUCGUGAGAUCACGGUCAAUCAAAUCCUCCAUCCCAGCCCGCCCGAACAUCUCCCACGUGUCGCCUGAGGCCCGAAUAAUCCCCUUCCCAUACACCCCAACAUGUACAAAUCCCCACCUAUUCCCGUACGCUACAGCCCUCGAUGAAGCCCCCACGCAACAUCCCGCGCACGAGAACAUGAACUCGUCCGAAUCCCCAGAAACGGACCCCACGGCCCGACCCGCAGCUCGGGCAGCCGUGACAGCUGGCACGAGAAUCGAGCCUGCACAGAUGCUCCCCAUCGAGUUCCGGGCCGUGGCUUUCGCGACCGGCCCGAAAUCGACCUCCACCCCACAUGCGAACUGCAUGUACUUGACGUGCGAGACUGCGACUUGCAUCGUGUUCUUGAUUAUCUGCAUUGUCCACACAAGGCUUGCGAGGAUCAAGAAAACGAAUAAAGGUUCGAGCUUGGUUGUUGAAUUUCCUAAACCGGACAUGAGUAGAGACGAGAAGAGAAUGCUAGCGCAGACGGAUAUGAUUACGGCCGAUUUCGUUUUCGGAGGCUGGUAUGCGAGGGAAAUCGAGAGGAUUUUCGUGGCGUGGAGAGAUUGUGUGACCGAACAGAUUAUCGUGAGGACUCCAGCUGCUAGGCUCGUGGGAGUGCCUAUCAAGACGAGUAGUAUGCCGUACGCGCAGGUGAGGAGCGGGCUUAGCCAGAAUGUGGUUUUGAAGAGUGCCGAGAGUCCUGACAGGGCAGUUGUGGAGAGGGUUAUGGCGUACCAUAUUCUUGGGUGGAAGUUUCGGGCCGGGCCUGGGAAGAGGGCAGCCCGGAUAGCGAGGAAGGCUAUGAGGGCCGUGAUUAGGAGGAGGUGCGCG